AUGGAAGGUGUCCCUGUCCAUGGCAAGGGCCGCGCGGAAACACAAGCGGUGGCGCGGGGUGAUGACGCAUUUCCUGUCCCGGUAGCGGCGGGGGACGCGCUCGCCCGGCGGCCGCGAUGGGGGGGGGGAGACCUGAACCUGAAGAAGAGCUGGCACCCGCAGACGCUGCGCAAUGUGGAGAAGGUGUGGAAGGCGGAGCAGAAGCAUGAGGCCGAGAGGAGGAAGAUCGAGGAGCUGCAGCGGGAGCUGCAGGAGGAGCGGGCGCGGGAGGAGAUGCAGCGCUACGCCGAGGACAUGGGCACCGUGCGGAAGAGGGAGGAGAAGCUGGAGUGGAUGUACCAGGGCCCCGGGGGGAUGGUGAACAGGGAGGAAUACCUGCUGGGGCGCCCCGUGGACAAGUUCAUCCUGGACAAGGUGGAGGACAAGGAGGCCGGCUGCUCCGGCGGCACCGGGCUGCUGCCCGGCUCCAUCUUCGCCAGAUCCGGGGCCAACUCCGUGCUGGACAUGGCCAACAAAAUCCGGGAGGAUCCGCUCUUCAUGAUCAGGAAGAGGGAGGAGGAGAAGAAAAGAGAAGUUUUGAACAAUCCGGUGAAAAUGAAGAAAAUCAAAGCAUUGCUGCAGAACAGUUUGGAUAAAAAGGAGAAGAGGAAGAAGAAGGAGAAGAAGAAGAAGCACAAGAAGCAUCGACGGCGCAGCUCCAGCAGCGACAGCUCCAGCACUGAGGAGGAGAGGAGCAGAAAUAAGGCUCAGAAGAGGGUGGACAAUUCCUCCUGGAAGCCUGCUCCUUCCAAAAUCCCAGGAUAUGGCUUGCAGGUGAGAGAUUCCGAGCAGAGCCACCGCUCCCGGAGCUCCCCCGGCCAGGACCGGGCCCCCCACAAGCACCGGGAGCGCUCCCGGAGCCCAUCCCGCUCUCCCCAGAGACAUUCCAGCAAGAGGAAUUCCGAGAGAGGCUCAGGAUCUCCUUCCAAGCACAGCAAACAACACAGCAGUUGGUCGGAGAAGGGCAGAGCCAGGAGCCCUUCCCCCAAAAGGAGCUACCGGCGCCAGCACCCUCCGGGCUACACCAGAAAGAUCUCUCCAGAGGAACUGGAGCGAAAACGGCAGGAAAUGAUGGAAAACGCCAAGUGGAGGGAAGAGGAGAGAGCAAACAACCUCAGGAAGCACCGGAAGGAGGAGGAGCUGGAGCGGGAGCUGGAGAAACUCGACACCAGAGAUGGGAAAUUCUUCCACCGUUUGAAGCUGGAGAGUGCCUCCACCUCCACCCUGGAGGAUCGGGUGAAGCGCAACAUCCACUCCCUGCAGAGGACUCCUGCUGCCUUGGAAAAAAACUUUAUGCAGAGGUGAAACUUGUCCUGCCUCUGCCCCAGGGCAGGAGUUCCGUGGACACUCGUUCCCAAAGGUGAGAGCUCUCCAGGAACACUUCCCAGCUCCCAGAGAGGCGCCGGAUCCCUGAGCUGAGCCCUGGGAGCCUUCACGACUUGGGGCUUUGGGGCCUUUGCUGGAGGCCUCGUGAGCCUUUGGGUUCCAUUUUUAGCGUGUUGCCAGAAGUUCUCCUUCGCUCCCCACCCUGACUGGUACCACUUUUGUACAUUUCUUACCAAAUCGUGCCGGCUCGUCCCUGCUUUCACAUGCCAGAGCUGAAGACCUAUUUUUGUUAAUCCUUAAAAUCCGGAGCAGAACCGCUCCACACGUGAGGGAAUUCCGUGGGAUUUGAUAGAACCACAUGAGCCCUGUUGCACACUGCCACCGUUGGCAUCCACACCUCACUCUGUGGUGGUGGCCAGGCCGGCUGUGGCUGGCCUUCGGUGGCUCACAGAUUUCACUGAUCUUUGACCCAAAAGAAGCCGUUUCUGAGGGGGGGAAAAUGAAAUGAGCAGAGCGCGUAGCUGACAGCAAAUAUUUCUCUGGGAUUUUGUAAUGUAAGUAAUGUGUAUAUGUACAGCAGUGUAGAUUUGUUUUGCCUUUUUAAUUAAGAAACUUCACUGCCGUU